AUGGCUUCAUCCCCGCUUGGUCCCCGGGCGCCGGCCAGCCUGACUUCCAGCGCACAAGAAGCGCGUUCCAUCGACGUCCGCACACCGGGAGGGCUGAGUGUUCCGGAGCUGGUCAAGACCAGCGACUGUUUCAUGACCAACUUCCGCCGCAACAUCCUCGACCGCUGGGGCAUCGACAUUCCCGCGGUCGCGGACUCCGACCUGACAUAA